AUGAAGCUCUCUAUCGCUCUAUCUCUCCUUGGUUGCUCCUACUUCUUCAAUGAAGUAGAAGCUGCGCGUCCGCAAAAUCCUGGCAACCAAGGUAAUGGCAAUGGCAACCAAGUUACUGACAACCAAGGCAACACCGCUUGUGGCAACAACAAGAGCUACCUCUGUCACCAUGAUGAGGGGGGAAACGCCUACAAGACCCUGUGCAUUUCAGAUAAUGCGAUCAACGCUCAACUUAGGAGUGACGAACGAAACUACCUAGGGCAAUGCAUCGGCGAUUUGUUCUUGGAACGAGCCGUUUUCAUGGACUUGGAGCCGAUGGAGGGAGUAGAAGAGAUUGAUGGCGACGAUGGUGUAUCCUAUCAAGUCACUUACAAUGUCACCAUGCUCGAGGAAGGCAUCGUUUCGCUCGGCGCGGCUGCGGACUUGAUCACUAGCGUGACAUGCUUCAACGAUACAAUUAACGUUGAAUUCAAGCAGAUCCCGUCCCCUGACCAGAUCGAGUUCAUGUUUCCUGAUUUCGCCUUGGUUGUGUUUGAUGGUAACACUUUCCCAGACAUGGAGUGCAAGCUCCCAAACCAAGACGAAGACCCUGAUUUGAAUAGCUCUUUCUUCCUUAUUGCAGGAGUCGAAGCCGCCGAAGACAAGACCGUCACUAUCAGGGGAUUGCCAGCCAACUUUCACCACAUGUUCGAGGAACAAGAGCUUCUAUUUACACCAGUCGAAGCGCGUAGGAACCUUCGCAACCUCCGCUUGGGCGAAUUUGAUAUUGACAAGAGCUUCGAUGGCUCGUUCCAGGUUCCAGAAGGGGAAGAUGAGAAAAUUCAAUUGAGUGCAUAUGCAAAGGCCAGCAUCGAGGCUAGCUCUGGCGGUUUGCAUUUCAAAACCGGACUAAAAAAGCAGAAGUGUGAAAGAAGAGGAUGGUUGCGCCGCUUGCUAUGCCUCGUCGACUACAAACUGGAGGUGGAUAGCAGCUAUAACCUUGCAUUUGAUCUCAGUGCAUAUUUGAAAGCAAGCUUCGUUGCUAAGGAGGACAGCUUGGAACCACUCAAUGGUGACAUGAGGUCCCCCUUCUUAUCGUUCUUGAUUUUUGGUUUCAAAGUCCCUGCAACGCUUCAAAGCACAAUCCAGAAGAUCAUCCCUGGAUUGAAACGGGGAUACCUUGGGAUUAGAGCAGAUAUCCCCGCACUCCUCAAGUAUGAUUUGAGCGUCACAGGUGACGUGGAAUUCAACGCCGAGGCGAGCAUUGCGACUGGAAAGAAAGAACUCGAUUGGAAGCUGAGUGGCCCAAUCUUUGGGGACUUGGAAUCUACUUUCAAUGUGAACGAGGUCGAACCAUCAAAGUCUUCAGGCAUAAAGUUCGCAAGAAACAUUGAUAGUGACGUUGGUGUCAAGAUGGAGGGUUUUCUUUUUGGAGGUGUUGAACUUCAGAUCCUUGUCGAUAUCAUUGGCCUGUGGACAGCUGGAGUCGGUAUGGUUACAGGCUUUGACGUCGAGGCGGACUUCAGCACUGACCCGAUGCAACCCAUCAUCUCUGAGUCUGGGCCUUCCCCGAUCUUCGAAUCGGACUGUAGACUAUGCCACUACGGCAAAAUGACCGUUGAAGCGGCUGCAAAACAAGCCUUCUUUAGAUGGAAGCUUCUCGGAAGAGAAGAAGAAACCAAACUUCUGUUCGGCGAUUGGAAUGUCAACCAAUUGGUUGCCCAGCUAUGUUUGUUGAGUGCAAAGGAAAAUACUUGCGGUGACAUCUGCUGUAACGAGAAUGAAGUUUGCAUCCUCGACCCCGUUACCAAAGAAGGGAUGUGCUCCUGUAAUACUGAAGCAGUUGGAGCACAGUGCUGCCGCGAUGAAGAUUGCGACGAUUCAGCCACACAAUUUUGCGACGGUGAUCAGCAAUGCGUCCUACGUGAUUGUAAUACCGAAGCAGCCGAGACAGAGUGCUGCCGCGAUCUGGACUGUGACGAUUCCGGCACACACAUUUGCGAGGAUCAACAGUGCGUCUUACGCGCUUGCGACCUCGCCAACUCCAACACCGAAUGUUGUACCAACAGUGACUGCGAGUCAGGAACGGAGCUGUGUGUGUCCAACUUUUGCAUCAAACAAGGAAACCCAGGGUUUUCUUUGAGCUGGUGUGAGCGAGACGACCUGGAUCUCAUUGUCAUCACUCCGGAUGGUUUCAAAAUCAAUUAUCAACAUCCAAAGGAUCCAUCGACUGGAGGGACCCUUGACAAGGAUGACAUUCCAGAUGUAAACGAGGAAGGACGAUGCUAUGUCGAGAACAUAGUAUUCCCCGCCGGAGCCCCAAAGGGUGACUAUGUCUUUUCUGUUGACAGCUAUUAUGAACAUCUCGGACCAGACACUUGGACUGUCAGAGUCUAUCUUGGAGACGAGGAACAAGUGGUCAAAUCAGGAACAGGAGACAGCGAAGAAUUUGUUUACACAUUGGUGUAA